GCUACUUGAGAAAGACAAAGGAAAAUGUCAAAACAUCAUUCAUCAAAGAUUAGGUCCAAGUUUAAGCCAAGUGCAAAGAACUCAUCGCCGAAAGUCCAUCUUCCCAAGAUGUAUCGGUCGCCAGGACCCGAAAUACAAGUGACAAGUCUUUGCGAUGAGAGCCCUAGCAAUGCUGGAAUGUCAGAAGCUACAAACAAUGAAGUUUAUCUUAGCCCUCCUCAGGAUUUCAAGUUUAAUAAUACAAGUGACUCGCAGCUAAAUUAUAUGAAGAAAGCAUUCCCCAUUGUCAAGAAGGUGAAAGGACCAUAUAAGAAGGGCUCCCAGGUAUCCAGUAGGAUGACUCAUGACGUGAAUAGCUAUAUCGCUAAGGGCCCAACAGCGGCGGUAAGUAAGCAAGCCCAAAAGUUGCUGCAGAGCUUAGUCGAGGACAUAGAUACCUUCCACUGAGUAUCUUGCCUCCAAAAGUGUGCGAGAGCUUUCAUGAAAAAUAUUCGUAAAAUGGGUGGGCUUAGCCUAGAAGAGCUCGAUGUUAAAGAUCUCAGCAACCGAUUGAGCAAGAACAAGUCAAAGGCUAGUUCUUCCAAAGUGAAAUUUUUGAAGCAAUUCUUGAGUAAUCCGAAGGAACGCAAGGAGUUCUACAAACACGAGUCCAAGAACUUAGCUGUAAUUGCUCCUCUGCUUUAUAAAGAAAUGGUAGAGCAGUACUACAACUCACAUACCGAAGUAGAUGGGGAAAGGCUGGUGAAGGUAAACCUUGACCCUCAGAAGCCUUUCGUGCCAGUAAAACGAUUCGAAAAAGACCAAAAGCGAUGCAAGAGUUUGGACUACAAGAUCCCUAACCCAACAAAAGUUCCUAAACUAAAGGAAAAGUUGAAGAAAGCCAAGAAGGCUAAAAACCAACAAUCUAAUGAUAAAUCAGUCUCCUCGAUUACAAGAGCCCCAUCAAAUAGCACAAUUAUCCAGCAACAAAGAACUAACUUGUCAAGGAAGCAGAUGCAGUAUUAUAAGCUCAUAGGGACCGCUGAUAUCGAAGUAGUUGAGUACCGAGGCAAAAAGCCCAUCCCUCAGAAGAAGUACCUUCUCAGUGAUAGGUCUAAGGGUCGAUCUUUUGAGAAGACUAGCAAAUAGCUCUAACAAGAUCCGACUUCUCAGUAAAGACAGCAUUGAUCAGAAUAAUGGAUCAGGAAAAAAUCACUUGCCAAGUAUUAAGGUUUCGAGGAACCAUGACUCGAAGCUUUCAAGACGGCUUCAGGCUUCAAAGACUCAUAAAAUUAUCAAGACUAUUCAGAAGCCUGACUCGCUUCGGAAGAAAGAUGAUGAUUAUGAGUGGGAAACCACUAAUGGAGCCGUACCUCAUCAUGUUGGGAUGGACCUCAGGCACAAUAAAGAGCUAAAUCAUGAUUCGGCAAUGUCUGAGGAAGAGAAGUAUGACUAUAAAAAGACUGUCUUCCCAAAGCAUAUUUCUCCAAUAAAAAAUGCAGGAAGCCAUCAGCGACCAAGCCUUAAAAAGCAGAUGUCUACUAAGAUCCAGAUGGAGAAUAUUGAGAAGAACCUAUACUCAGACAGGAGCUCUUUGAAUAAGGAAUUCGACCAAAUGAAGCAUUUUGCCAAUAAAAAUCAGGGAUUCGAAAGUCGGAAUUAUCAGAAAUUAAUCAACCAGACAGAGACUCGAAGGAAAAAGCCCUUACAGCUUGAAGAGAAGUCUCUUGAUGACAUAGCUCAUAAGAUGGAGAAACUCUUGGCCCAAGUCCCUCUAGAGAAGCGAGGAAAGUUCUUGCUCAACUUCUUGCCUAGCCCAAAGAUUAGUAGUGAGAGCUCGAAGGGUAGAAUCAGCCAGGAAGAUAUCAAGAACGGAGACUACACAAUGUUCGUAGACUCUUCUCAAGAACAGAGUAGCAUCUAGAAGCAUUGAUUAGAAGAUUUCAAUUUGGCUAUAAA